UUGUUGUUUUAGUGAUUCAAUAUACAUAUUUUUACAAAAUAAACAUGACACUUGGUGGGGAUUCGUCCGAAAGUUUCGACAAGAGCCGUAUGUUAGUAGUAAGGAAGCUUUUGAGUUGCAACUUGAAUCAAACACAGAAAUUCCCAGUUAUGAGGAAUUAAUUUCGUUUAUUGAAAAGCGGAGCCAGGCAUUAGAGAACAGCGUUGGUAAGUCGUUAACAUUAUCUAGUAAACCAGUGUAUAGUAAGCCAGUGUCGAAUAAGGCUAAGCCUGCUCUCCUUGUGCCGCCAGUGAGCAACUGUGCCAUGUGUUCAGCACCGGGACACAAAUUGGAUAACUGUACUAAAUUUUUGGAACUGCAGCCAUUGGAAAGGUUUGCUCAGGUUAAGGAGAGGAGACUUUGCAUACUUUGUUGUAGGCCAUCACACUCGGUUAAAAAUUGUAAAUCAUCGGUGACUUGUGGCAUCUGCAAGCGCAGACACCACACAUUAUUGCAUUUCGAAAAGGAUAAGGAGUUGGAACCAACAGCUCCGCCGACCCAAGUGGCAUUGGCUGUGCAUAAUGCAAAUGCACCAAGUCUAUUCUCGACAGCUAUCGUGAUGAUAAAAAAUAAAUUUAAUAAUUUUGUACCAAUUCGAAUGCUGAUGGACAAUGCCUCGGCUUGUAACUUUGUAACAUUGAAGUGCGCUCAAAAACUUGGAAUACCAAUUAGAAAUAAUUCACCAACGGUGAACGGUGUUGGUCUGUCAUCGACUGACACUUUUGGAAUUGUCGAUUGUGAGAUAGUUCCUUCGAAUGGGGACUCCUCAUGCAAAUUUUCGUUUGAAGCGUUCGUGCUUCCCAAGAUCUGCCAUGAUAUGCCACCAGAACCACUGAAUGUGUCUUCUUGGAGGCAUCUGAAGGAUUUAGAUCUUGCUGAUCCGUCUUUCCACAAAUCUGGACCUAUAGACAUGUUGGUUAACGUCAACCUUUUCGCUGCUGCACUACAAUCUGGCGUUGUCAAGGGCAACGCAGAUGAGCCCAUAGCUGUCCGCACUGUUUUCGGCUGGUUGGUGAUGGGUGAGUGCCCUAUAAACGUUAACACUUCUCGUUCUCGUUGUCAUAAAGGUUCAGAAAGUGAUACUCAGAGGUGCUAUCUCGUGUCGAGUCUAUCAUUAGACAAUAAUAUCAAGCGCUUCUGGGAACUGGAAAGUGUAGAUCCUCCCAAAAAUAUCGUUUUGUCGAAAUCAGGAAUGUCGUGUGAAAACCAAAGGGAAACUUCAUAUUGUCGCACUCCCGAGGGUAGGAUGGUAGUACCAUUAACUUAUGUCGACCCUCAGGAUAAACCCAGGUUUUCAAAUUCUCGUGAGAUAGCUCUCAAGCGUCUCUUAAAUUUAGAGAGGAAAUUCAAAUUGAAUCCUCAGUUUCGGACAGCUUAUGUCAAUUUCAUGGAUGACUACCUUCGUUGUGGUCACAUGGUGGAAGUUGAUCCUCCCUUGUCGUUUGAAGGUCAACUUCACAAUGUCGAAAACGUCCAUGAUUUAUCGUUAUCGUUAAAAAUUCUCGGUUUGUCGUGGCUUCCCAAGGAAGAUACUUUCACAUUCAAGACCUCCUUGAAUGAUUGUCGUUGUACGAAGCGAUCGAUCCUCUCGGACAUCGCUCGUAUUUUUGAUCCUCUGGGUCUAUUGUCGCCUGUCGUAUUUUUCGCAAAAUAUUUAAUACAACUUCUAUGGGUUUCUGGUGUCGAUUGGGACAGCGAGGUUCCUAUCGCUAUUGCUCAAGAAUGGCCUUCACGGGUACUGUGA